CUGAAAGCUGGGUCUGGCUGCGGGGCUAAAAAGCUGCUGUGCGUGGCAACAGACGGCGCGUACUGGUCCCAAACAAUCGACUCGUCACGUCUGUCCAUCGCUGCGCUGCCUCAGCCCCCACGAUGCUGCCCUGAUGGCCUAUCGACUCGUGCUGCGCCGCGCCGCUCGCACCGGCAGCCGAGCGUUUGGCAGCAAGCUGGACCCAGCAACCUGCCUCGGCCCGCGGCCCGACCUCACAAAAAAGCCAUUAACGUUUGAUCCGUUGCAGUACGCCUUCGACCAGGGGAGAGCGACCGGACAACCCGUCUGCGGCGUCGUCGACGACUUCCUGACGGAGGCCGAGUGUUCAAAACUCAUCGACCUCGCGACGGCGCGGGGCUACGAGUCGACCGAGGAGACGAUCCAGCAUUCUGGAAGAAAGGGCCGCAGGAACGACACGAGCGUCAUCAACAUCUCGGGGCGGUGCGUCAUUGACUCCCAAAGAUUCGCGGACCGGCUCUGGGCGCGCCUCGCCGUAUCUGCCUCGAUGCAGCCGGUGAAGGCGCUUCUGAAACAAUCCAACCCGGGCUGGACGCCCGUCGGCCUGAACUCCGUGUUUCGGUUCCUCCGCUACGGGCCGGGCGACUACUUCCGGCCGCACCGCGACUCGCACUUCGUGCCCGAGGUUUCUGAUGAGAGGCACGGCCGGGUCACGUCGUUCCAAUCAUUAUUACUGUACCUCGACGCGCCUGAGAAAGGUGGGGAGUCCUAUUUCCCGCUGCCGGGCGUCGGCCGGGCAAAAAUAGCCCCACUGCCCGGGCGCGCGCUCGUCUUCGACCACGGCCUCAUGCACGGCGGCGCUUUCCUGGAAGAGGGCGCCAAGCACCUCGUCCGCACGGACGUCGUCUACGAGUGCCCGCCCGGCACGACGCCGCCGGCCUGGGCGACGGCGAAGAUCCGGUACAUGACGUGAGGUAGGCUAAGUGUGUGUUUUGUUG